AAGCCGUGAGUGAAGCUCUUUACUGUGUUUUCUUUCACGGCUGGUCUGGCUUCCACAUUUAUGUAAAGAAGGUUUAUGUGGGGCUUUUGGGAUUCUUUUAGUUUUUCACAUUUAAGUUUGAUAUUCUCUCCACUGCAUUAUUAGUUUUGUCUCACUUGGGGUUUUGUUCUUCCUUUUUCUGCACCUUGGAUCAGAACAUUUAACAUCUACGUGCAUCUGAGAGCAAAUUGCACGACCAGAUGAGUCUUGAAAGAUGUCUUGGAUGCAUGCUUCUGGUUCUAGUUGGCAUGUUUUCCAAUGUUCAAGGUGCAUUUGUUGGGGUAAACAUAGGCACAGAUGUUUCUAGCAUGCCAUCAGCUUCAGAUGUGGUUGCUAUUGUCAAAGCCCAUCAAAUCACUCAUAUACGGCUUUAUGAUGCCGACUCUCACAUGCUGAAAGCCCUGGCUGGUAGUCGGAUUGAAGUUACAGUCAGCGUGACAAAUGAGGAAGUCCUAGGAAUCGGAGAAUCCGGAUCAGCUGCCGCCGCAUGGAUCAACAAAAAUGUUGCUUCUUACGUGCCCUCCACCAACAUUACAGCCAUUGCUGUUGGCAGUGAGGUUCUUACCUCAGUCGCUCAUGCUGCCCCAGUAUUAGUUAUCGCUAUGAAUAACCUGCACAAGGCUCUUGUGGCUGCUGAUCUCAAUUUUCAGGUUAAAGUUUCGACCCCACAAUCCAUGGACAUCAUCCCCAAGCCUUUUCCCCCGUCUACUGCUACCUUUAAUUCCUCAUGGAACUCUACAGUAUACCAGCUUCUACAGUUUUUGAAGAACACCAACUCCUUUUACAUGUUAAAUGCCUAUCCAUAUUAUGGUUACUCAAAUGGAAAAGGCAUUUUUCCAAUUGAUUAUGCUCUUUUCAAACCUCUCCCCGCUGUCAAACAAAUUGUUGACCCGAACACUUUGUUCCACUAUAACAGCAUGUUUGAUGCAAUGGUUGAUGCAACCUAUUAUUCUAUGGAUGCUCUCAAUUUUUCUGCUAUCCCUAUCAUUGUCACAGAAACAGGAUGGCCUUGGCAAGGUGGAUCCAACGAACCUGAUGCCACAGUGGAAAACGCCGAGACCUUCAUUAAUAAUUUGAUCAGGCGAGUUUCCAAUAAUUCAGGCCCACCUAGUCAACCAACCAUUCCUAUCAACACAUACAUUUAUGAAUUGUUUAAUGAAGACAAGAGACCGGGGCCUGUCUCUGAGAAAAACUGGGGGUUGCUUUUUAAGAAUGGGAGCGCUGUUUUUCCUCUGAGUUUAAGUGGUUCGAGUCAGAUCACAGGAAAUUCUACUACAGUUUUCUGUGUGGCAAAAGAUGAUGCUAGUGAAGAUAAGUUGCAAGAUGGGCUUAACUGGGCAUGUGGGCAAGGCAAGGCCAAUUGCAGCGCUAUACAAUCCGGGAAGCCGUGCUAUCUCCCGAAUAACAUCAAGAACCAUGCAUCUUAUGCUUACAAUGAUUAUUAUCAAAAAAUGCAUACUGUUGGCGGGACAUGUGAUUUUGAUGGGACAGCCACAACUACUACUAAUGAUCCAAGUUAUGGGACCUGUAUUUUUACAGGAAGUUCUAAUUCGAGCACGAGAGGAGGGACUUUGGCCCCUGCAGCAUCCGGUCCUAUAAGUGCCGGAGGGAGUAGAAAGCUUCCGGUGUCCAAGGUUCAAUUUCUAAUCUCAGCAGCAUGUCUUGUUGUAGUGUUGCUAUAAUGGACUUAAACAUUUGAUAAGCAAGAUGAAGUCAUGUAAUGAAGCUAAAUGA